AAACUGUAGUCCUCAACGUACUGCUCUUGAACGCACCCCAGAUUUUCCUCACAGCGGUUUAUUUGAUUGGACGUGCUCUCCAAAACGUCAUCAGGCAAAAUGGGAGACGACUUGGGUGACGAGUGGUGGCAGCAUGACGCUAAAUCUGAUGAUUCUGAGGGGGAGGCUGAAAAGGAGAAAAGCAAGCCUAAGCCAGUGAAAGAAAAGCCAAAUGCACCAAAGAAAGCAGAGAAGAGGAAGUUAACGGAAAAAAAUGUGACUGCCAAGAAGAAGAAAAAGAAUGAAGAGGUGUCAAACGUGCCAAAGCAGGAAAACGAGAAGGAAACCUCAACCAAACCCUCCAAAAAGAGAAAGAGGAAGAAGAAGACCAUUACAGAUGUGCUGGCCGCCUCUGACCCAAAACCAGGCUGUCCAGCAGACCUACAGAACUUCCUCACUCAGUUCUUCUCAGACAAGCGCUCUGUAAUCGAGCAGGAGGAGCUGAAACUGCACGAUUCUUGUUUUCUGACCUGCAACGACCUGACACACAGCCUCUCAUCCUAUCUAAAGCACAUUUGUCCCAAAUGGGCCAAGGUUCAGAGACAACACACAGAAAAAGGUUCUGUGGUCCUGCUCAUUGUCUGCAGUUCGGCCCUCCGAGCCAUCGAGUUAAUCAAGCAACUGACAACUUUUAAGGGCGAAGCCAAGGCUGUAAAGCUUUUUGCAAAACACAUCAAGAUAGAGGAGCAAAUGAAGCUGCUGCAAAAGGGAGUCAUUCACAUAGGAGUGGGUACACCAGGAAGGAUCAGUGAUCUCAUUAAUAAAGAUGGAUUAAAUUUGCAAGCGUUGCGUUUUCUGGUUCUGGACUGGAACUGGAGAGACCAAAAGAGCAGGAGUCUGAUGGGUAUUCCUGAGAUCAAACGGGACGUUUUUAAGCUGUUGGAGAGCGGGAUCCUCGACAGAUGCAAAGCAGAUAAAGUCAAAAUUGGACUGUUUUAACUCCAACUUGUCAACUUUUGACUCUGAGCUGAUGAUUCACGAGACAAGCUUCAAAGCUUUGUCCUGUGGUUUCUUCCUGUUUGUUUACUCUCUUUUAUGCUUUUUACUUUUGUCAGAGGAUGCGUCCAAAUGUGCCGCGUUGUUUGUUCAACACAAUGUGCUGGCGAGAUGUCUGCAAUAAAUUGAUGGUUAAAGGAA